ACGGCGAUGUGGCCCGGAAGUGCUUUAUUCUCACUGCCAACAUUACACUCGGCUAGUUGGCGAUCAGUGUUGGUCGAUACUGCGGAAUAGGUAACAAACUAGAUGGGUUUACUGCGACUAAACUGUGUCGCCUUUUAAGGAAUCACAAUGCCAUUAAGCGCAACCUGACAGCAGAGAGGUAGACUAUGAAAAAAAUCACAAAUCUGUUGAUUUAUUUGUUUAAUCGCUGACCGAUUGUUAUGAUUUAACAUUAGCCUUUGCUAAGCGCGACGUGAUUCUGUGUGAUUAAAGUUGAGCAACAGCGUUCAGAUAAUCGACCAGGUCAAUGUACCAAGAGCUCCGAACCGACUUUACAUCAGAUCAGCAGUGGAAGCUCGAGUUUAAUCGUCUGAUCUGUAAGAAUAUAUGCAUAAAACUGACUAGCUAACCAGCUAAUACACCAAUCCAAGUACGUUAAGAAGGAUCUACUGGCACCAGACAUCGGUCGAUUGUACAGGAGCUGCUGUUAAACUCGAAAGUGAUUCUCAGACUGAGACAGCGGUGUAUCUUUAGCUGAAAUGGACGACUUCAGCUCCAUCAGUCUGCUGUCUCUGGCUAUGCUAGUCGGCUGCUAUGUGGCUGGAACAAUUCCCCUGGCUGUCAACUUCUCUGAGGAGAAGCUGAAGUUGGUGACAGUGUUGGGAGCCGGGCUGUUGUGUGGCACUGCGCUGGCUGUCAUUAUUCCAGAGGGAGUUCAUGCACUCUAUGAGGAAAUGCUGGAAGGUGCGCACAACCAUGGCCACGGGCAGGUGGAAGCAGAAGUUUCUGAACCGAAGGUAGUAGAAGGAGUCAUGGGACAAAGCGCUGAACACGGCCACAGUCACGAGCAGCUCCACGCUUAUAUCGGCGUCUCUCUGGUGCUGGGCUUCGUCUUCAUGCUGCUGGUGGAUCAGAUCGGCAGUUCUCACAUGCACAGCAGUGAUGAUCCAGAAGCAGCAAGGACUGCUAGCUCUAAGGUCACCACCACACUUGGAUUGGUCGUUCAUGCUGCAGCUGAUGGUGUUGCUCUUGGAGCGGCUGCGUCCACGUCUCAGACCAGCGUCCAGCUCAUUGUAUUUGUGGCCAUUAUGUUGCAUAAGGCUCCUGCUGCGUUUGGACUCGUCUCUUUCCUCAUGCAUGCGGGUUUAGAAAGAAACCGUAUCCGGAAACAUCUAUUAGUCUUUGCCUUGGCUGCCCCUGUUUUGGCCAUGCUCACCUACGUAGGACUCAGUCAGAGCAGUAAAGAGGCGUUAUCUGACGUCAACGCCACCGGCGUGGCCAUGCUGUUUUCCGCCGGCACCUUCCUAUACGUAGCCACGGUGCACGUCCUCCCGGAAGUGGGCGGCAUGGGCGGCCACAGCCACUCGCCUGGAGGCAGCGCAGGGAAGGGACUGAGCAAAGUGGAGGUUGGAGCUCUGGUUCUAGGCUGUCUGAUACCUCUGGUGCUGUCCAUAGGCCACCAGCACUAGUGUCCUUCACUUGAAGCAACAUUGAAGAAGGUCUGAGAAGUGUAAACGGGACUUGGCCACAGAUGUGGUUUGAAUCAUGCCUCUGUCAGUUUAUUCAAGUUUGCGGUUGGAGUGAACGCAGGAACAUUGCAGUCGGGAUCAAGAUUUGAGAAGCGCCUGUGGACUUCUGGAAUGGGCUGCCCUGUCUCUUCAUAAAGCCCUGUGGGCUGACAGCUAACGAUGACCAUACACGAAUAAAUGUGAUCAUGUGUCCACCUCUUAAUUUGAUGUUUUCUUCAGUGGUGCUGGUUUAAAAAGAUUCGGUUGUUGUUGGGUUGCCAUGUAUGCUUUAAAUUUGGUGUUCUAUUGGUUUUUAGAUUAAAUUUGUCCAUUUGUCUUUUAAAAGAUGAACCAACACAGUUGUGACCAUUUACAAUGAUUAAAUUCUUUACAAACUUUACAAACAUUAAAUUCAUUGAGUUUACUGUCCCUCUUUUUCUACAGUAUUGAUUAGUCGUUUUAAACUUUGAUCAAAUUUCACCUUGCCUAAGCUAGUAAGCUAAAACUCUUUUCAUUAAGAACAUUUCCAUGUUUUUACUCCCUUUUUUUUUUAAUGUAGAAUUAUUAAUGCUAACAAUUUUACUCUGUUUAUGCCUCUGAGUUAAUAUGGGAACAUACUCUGUUGUAUUGAGCUUUGUUUCCCUCAUUUAAACUAUAGUCAUUUAUUCAAAAACGUCAUCAUGUGUGUGGUUAUUGCACUAAUAUGACAUAUUUUUUGCCAGUAGAAUUUUAAAUAUUCAAAUCUUUUAAAAGACUUUUAUUUUUGUUGUUAAUUUAAAUUUUUUUAUCAUUAUUAUUAAAUGACACUUGAAAAAUGUGUUGUCCAAAGGCUUGCAGGUGGACAUUUUUCUGUUGAGUUCAGUACAUGUACAGCUUUAUUAUUUGACUUGCCAACCAUUUUUCAAACGUAGUUGUUUAAUCCUAAUAAAAGGAUCUGAUUGGUCAUUCAGAUGUUUUGUACUGUGAUGCCUGCUACGAGCAGAGUCUGUGUACUGUAAAUAUGUAUUCUUUGUAUAAAUGACAAAAAAAUGCCCUAUUUGACACCCCGAGGAGUUUUUAAUCUCAUUUUAGAAUGGGAAAGAAAGAUUGUUUUGAAAUGAAUGACUAUUGAUACUUCCGUUUUUAUUUGGGACUUGUUCUUUGAGAGUUUGAGGUCAGUUGGAAAGAUAUAUGGUGGAUUUCUGCUUUGGUCAGCUGAAGGUUUUAGAUCUGCGAACUGGAAAGCUGCUGUGUUCAUCACCAAGUUACUUAACAGAUGCCUCUGAAGCUUGAUUAAGAAAAUGUUAUGAGACUUUUGGGGCCAACUUGGACACCAGCAACAUCCUAUGGUCCUGGUUUGCAAACUGUCUUGCUCUGAAAAAUGACCGUCAUAGUCUAUUUGAAAGCCGUGUUAGUGCUUUUAGCUCUCUAGUGCCCUCAUCUUACCGUAGUGCAGAAGUGCAGCAUCAACCUCAAAUUGUGGAAGAAACACUGAUGAUAGACUUCAUGCUGAUUUGUGGAUAAUUAUUAUUUUAUGACUCCUUUUAAAGGGAAAACUAGAUAAACUUAGCCACAUUUGAAUACUACGACAUGACCUCACGGAAACUUGGGACAGAUGUAUAAUGGAACUGAAUGGUGAUUGGACAGAUGAAAUUUUGUGCCAUAAUGACUUAUUUCUGCUCAUACAGCUCAGAGAUUUUACAGUGUGGCAAGAAAUGAUGAAUUGAGUUUUGUGCUUUUAUGUGAUCAUUCCACAAAAGGAGUAUGCCUUAUUUUUCUCACAGUUAUUUGACUUAAAAUGGUUUCACAAUUCUUUGUUCAUGAUUUGAAUAAACUGUUCUUUUUUUAAUGGA